AUGCGUGUCCCGAAGCAUGCGCUCGGUGUUGCCCUAGAGGGGCUGAGCGAUUGUGUAGUCGAUGUUCUAACCUUCAUUAUUAUUCCAGCACUGGGCCAAAAAUUGAUUCCCAUGCAUUUUCAGGAUCCCGACAUUUGCAAAUAUUACAUAGUGGGAUUCUGUCCGCACGAUAUGUUCACCAACACGAAAGCAGACUUAGGUGCAUGUCCUCGUGUGCACGAUGACAAUUUGCGACUGGAGUACCCGAAAAGUGACAAGUUUGAAAAACUUGGUUUUGAGAGGGAGUUCCUCAAGUUUUUGUCACGUUUGGACGAGGACAAUCAAAGGAGAAUCAGAAAGAAUCUUGAAAAAAUCAAAGCAGGCGAGGAAAAUGGCCAGAAGAAGGAAGACUUGAGAAAGUUACGAGAUGAGCAAGAGAUUGCGAGACUGGACGUAGAAAUAAAGAGGUUCAUGGCAGAUGCGGAAAAGGCUGGUGAAGAAGGUCUGGUUGCCAAGUGCCAGGAACUUGUUGAUAAAGCAGAACAACUUGAGAAGCAAAAGGCUGCGAUUCGAGAGAGACUGAAUAGCAAUAUACCACUACCCGCUCCACUCGAUGAAACUGCCAUUAAAAUUAUGGAGGUGUGCGAAGUAUGUGGAUCAAUGCUAAUCAAGAAUGACGCCCAGUGCCGAGUGGAAGAACAUCUUAGUGGAAAAAUGCACAUGGGAUUCUCAAAAAUAAAGGUUACUAUUGAAGAGCUUCGGGAACGCAUUCGUAAAAGAGAUGAAGAAAACGAAAAAGAGCGGCAGAAAGCACGCGAAGAAAGGGAGAAGCGUGAACGCGAAAGGAAGCGAUCACGUGAACGAGAUCGUUCCCGCGACCGGGAUCGAUCACGCGAUCGGGACAGACGCAGCUCAAGAAGGAACGCAUUCGUAAAAGAGAUGAAGAAAACGAAAAAGAGCGGCAGAAAGCACGCGAAGAAAGGGAGAAGCGUGAACGCGAAAGGAAGCGAUCACGUGAACGAGAUCGUUCCCGCGACCGGGAUCGAUCACGCGAUCGGGACAGACGCAGCUCAAGAAGAUCACGAUCCCGAGAUCGCGACCGCCACCGCAGUCGCUCUCGUGAUCGCCAUCGUCAUCGUGAUGACCGUGAUCGCCGAGACAGAGACAGUUACGACCGUGAUCGACGACAUCGUCGCUAAAUGGCUUUUGGUGAAUGGAUGA